GCCUCAGCUCCUGUUUUUUUAGGUGUGGUCGCCAUUUUAGAAUCAGAACGAUUUCUCUCUCAUCAAACAAACGCCGAAACGCUCCGAUCCGCCGACCCGUUCCUCUUCUGCCGACUUGAUCGCAUCCGUCCGUCCAUCGGAUUGUGAUGGGCUGCUAGAGGAGCCAUAUCCACCACCGCCGGGCAGCGAGAUUGAAAUCUAAGAACUAGGGUUUCGGAGAUUCUAAUUCUUCCUAUUGAUUUUCUCCCCUCAAUUGACUGGGAUUCGGCUAUAGAAGCCCUCCCCCAUGAGCCUUAAUCGCUCUACCAAGGAUAUGUCCGCCCGUCUACCGCCGCCAGAUCAGAAUUCCCUCCAAUCUGCUCAGUCCAGUAAUUCUGCCCAAAGUAGCAGAAAAAACGCUCUUCGGCUGUUAGUGCAGAGGGAGAUAUGCCCCAGAGGGAAGCAUGUUCCCAAGAAGGGAUGGGGAGAGGCUUCUCAUGUGAAUGUCAAUUCACCUUCUGAGGCUAAAAGUGAACCAGCAAGAGAUCCCAAACGAGGUCUUAUUUCAUGGGUUGAGGCAGAAUCACUUCGACAUCUAUCGGCCAAAUAUUGUCCCCUGAUGCCACCUCCAAGGUCGACCAUUGCCGCUGCAUUUAGUCCGGAUGGGAAAACACUUGCUUCCACGCACGGUGACCACACUGUCAAGAUUAUUGAUUGCCAAACUGGGAAGUGCUUGAAGGUAUUGAGUGGUCAUCGGAGAACUCCUUGGGUGGUUAGGUUUCAUCCCCUCCACCCGGAGAUUCUUGCCAGUGGUAGCUUGGAUUAUGAAGUACGUUUGUGGGAUGCUAAUACUGCAGAAUGUGUUGGAUCUCGUGAUUUUAAUCGCCCUAUUGCUUCCAUUGCUUUCCAUGCUGAGGGUCAAUUGCUGGCUGUUGCAUCAGGGCACAAGUUGUACAUAUGGCAUUACAAUAAGAGAGGGGAGGCGUCUUCACCUACCGUUGUUUUGAGGACAAAACGUUCUCUUCGUGCAGUGCAUUUUCACCCUCACGCUGCCCCGUUUCUCUUGACGGCAGAGGUCAAUGAUCUCGACUCCUCAGAUUCUACAAUGUCACGGGCAACAUCUCCAGGCUAUCUGAGAUAUCCACCUCCUGCUGUUUUUGUGGCAAAUGUUCAGUCCAGUGAGCGUGUAAAUGUUGCUGCUGAACUACCUUUGAUGUCCCUACCUUUACUAGUCAUGCCUUCAAUCCCUGUAGAUGAUACUAGAGUAAAUGAUAAUAGAGAUGUUAGUUCAAGUUCAAGCUCAAUGCAAGUGGAGUCUUCUAUGCGUAUGCAGAUACAAACGGAAACAACUGCACCUAUGGAGACACAUUCGGACAUUGUUGCAGGCUCAUGCCCAGCCAUAAGCAGCGCAUCCAGUAACUAUUUUCAUACUGGAGCUCGUACUCCUGGCAUAACUGAAGAUGCCAUGGACACAGAUGAACCACCACAUAUGAGGCCAAACCAUCAAGAAAUAAAUGCUUUCAGUGAAGGUAAUAGUACAGCUGAUGGAGGCCCUAGGCAUGGCUCAAUUCGGCAGCAGUCGACAGAGUUUGGCCAAGUUCACCAGCUAUUGCCACCACGAGAUCCGGUUUGGUGGGAGGUACCCUUUUUGCAAGGAUGGUUAAUGGGUCAAAGCCAAGCUGGUCUUCCUUCGAUACUUCCGCUAAAUGGUGUUGGCAGUGAACACAAUGUUCAGCUUUCAGGUCUUCCCUCUGUGGCACCUCAUUUCUCUAGUUCCAGUGCGGAGGCUGCGGUAGCAUCUUUGGCACUGUCUGGUAGUUCCUUUUUAUCUGGGGGUUCUGGGAGAUCUGGUCUGCGGUAUCACAUUUCACGCUCUCGCUUCUUAGAACCCGAAUCUGGUGAAGUUGUGGGUCUUCUCAAUACGCAAAAUGAUAUUGAUGCUCAGCCACUUAUAAACAGAAUUCAGUCUGAACUGGCAACAACAGCUGCAGCUGCUGCAGAACUACCUUGUACAGUGAGGCUGAGAGUGUGGUCACAUGAUAUACAAAAUCCAUGUUCACAAUUAAAUGCUGAAACAUGCCGCUUAACCAUACCACAUGCUGUUCUUUGUAGUGAAAUGGGUGCGCACUUUUCGCCUUGUGGAAGAUAUUUAGCUGCCUGUGUUGCAUGCACCCUUCCACAAAUGGAAGCUGAUCCUGGAUUACAAGCAUUAGUGCAUCAUGAUGCUGGGGUUGCAACGUCUCCUACUAGACACCCAAUCUCUGCACAUCAAGUUAUGUAUGAGCUUCGUAUAUAUUCCUUGGAGGAAGCAACCUUUGGCUCAGUGCUUGUUUCCCGUGCAAUUAGAGCUGCACACUGUUUGACUUCUAUACAGUUCUCUCCGACGUCUGAGCACAUAUUACUGGCUUAUGGGCGACGUCAUGGGUCUCUUCUUAAGAGCGUUGUUAUUGAUGGGGAGACAACAUCACUCAUUUACACAGUUUUAGAGGUCUACCGAGUUUCAGAUAUGGAACUUGUCAGAGUACUUCCUAGUGCAGAGGACGAGGUUAAUGUUGCUUGCUUUCAUCCAUCUGCCGGGGGAGGUCUAGUCUAUGGAACCAAGGAGGGACGACUUAGGGUCUUGCAGUAUGACAGUGCUCAUGGGUCAAAUUGCUCAACACUGAACUAUGUCGCUGAGAACUUGGCUGAGGUAGACUAAUGCAAAGGUUAUCCGUUUCUACUUGUAUUUGUUUUCCUUGUUAGAACUGUUUCUUCCAUUUAUAUACCACUGCCAGAUUCCUGUUCCAUAGUUUUUGCAUCCCCUCGUUUACAAAUGAUUAAACAAUGCGGUGGGAACAAUACAACAUCUGAAAAAUGUUUGUGCCAAUGAUCUAUCUUCAUUCCUUUUAUUCUAAACUCAUUUGGACUGAACUUCUUACUUUGUCACUCUUACGUUCCAUAAAAGAACAAAUGGGUGAAUGAGUUGCCUUUUUAUGUAUGGUGUUUUAGUUUGUAAAAACUAGUCGGGUUGUUAUGUUAGGGCGCUUAGAUGUCGGAUUACUCUGUAAUGUUCAUCUGUUUGUUCAUUCUGACAUUUGUAACUCUGAAAUGGUUUAAACUUUUAAGUUCCACAUCCUUUUUAUCAGAUGAUAGGCUUUACUAGUAUCACUGUUGCGAAGAACCAUUAAUUCCUGUCUCUACGUUUAUUUGUUGUUUCUCUGCGCUUGUUGGUUGAAGGUUGGGACGUAUGCUCUAGAAGGUUAGGAAUCCACCCAUGACCUGCGUAGUAACUGUGUGAUCAGUGCAGUGCAAGUCUCUCUGGAUGGAAUCUUCAAUGUGACUAACUGGGUCCUACUUUUAAUGGUUGCUGCUGGCGAAUACAUUCCGUUGUCGAAGGAAGAAAACACUCUGUUGCUGAGAAUGGAAACAGUGUUAACCAAGGAAGAAUGUAUGCGUAUGGACAGAGCCCGGAAUGUAAAAUAGUUUGCACUAACUCUGGUGUAAUACCAAGUUCCUACAAGUCCUGUAUGUUGCUCCCCUUUUUUUUCUCUCUUUGUUUAUAGUUAACCUUCUAUCUCCGUUCCUCGUCCUCUGCAUCUCCCUUUCUCAGUUUCUGUGUCUUUUUUCUUUUGCCCUUACUUGCUUGUGGUAUCCUCUGAAGGAAUGAAGUUGGCAACCUCCCAAUAUUUGAGGAGGAAGAUAAGAUUUUCAGUGUAUUAUUCUCAACUAAUAAGAGUUUUACUUGGGAAAAGCAAAAAGUUCGUCCCCAACUCAAUUUCCACGUUUCCCGUGUCCUCCUUUUGGCCUUGGCUUGUCUGCGUGACUGCGUACCUGGAAGUAA